CGAUAUUCAAACUCUCAUGGUAGCGACAAAUCUUCUACAACAAAAAUUAAAUUCCAAUAAUUUUAGAAAAUAUGAAAGAAUGUAUGGAAAAACAUGACAUAUCAAUGGGUGCUCCAUUGAUAUUCUUCCUGGUUUCAAUUUUUCAAUAUCUCACUCGCUAUUUGGAGGUUAAUAAGAAGGUGUUUCAUUUUGUUUCCCUUUAAAUGAUCUCAUGCAUAAUUUUUUUUGAAUAUAUCUUACACAUAUUCACGGAGUUUUUGUUUCCUUUUCGGGUGGCCGUAUGAAGUUAUGAAUUUUCUCAAACUAGACGGAUUUCCUUAAACUUGAUUUAGAUGUUAAGAAUGAAUGAAAACGGACUAUGUUUUAUUGGUUUCCCAUUCAUGUGAGAGUUUUUCUAGAGAGCAACCAUGUCUACGGACGAUGUACGACUAAAGGCGGAAAUCAAGGGGCUCUUAAAGGAGGCCGCUGCUUUAUCACAGCCUUCUACAUUUGCACAGGCCGCAAAGAUGAGAAGAAUGGCAGCUACCAAAGAGAAAGAGCUUGCAAAAAGCAUAGAAAUGCACAGUAAGGAGUUAAGUUUUUCAUUUCAUAUGUAUGCAAAAGGCUUAUUAAUGUUGAAGGCCUUCACAUACCUUGUACUAGUUCUAUGGUUUUGGCAUGUUCCUGUGGGUUCUAUAUCCAAUGAGCUUAUACAACCUUUUGGUAAUGUUUUAUCUUGGCUAGCUGGAGGCCAAACAAACAACUAUACCAUGGUUGGGAUUAUUCCAUGGAUUUUUGUGUCUAGCAAGGCCAGCAGAUUCUUGCUCAAAAGAGUACUAAAAUAGGAAAGGAAGUAAUUGGGCUUAUAGAUAGUAACCAAUUUUGGUGUCAUCUCUUUUACUAGUAUUAUUCAAUAUUCUUGUCCAUUUUCAUGGAUUUGUUUCAUUUUGGUACUCCCAUAGCAUUACGGAUUGAUUGAUCUAAUAUAUGAGGUGAUUGAGC